UUCUCUCAACCGGUCUACGUUUCGGAAUUUACUGUGCGCACAGAAAGAAAGAGUUCCUCCUUCCCCAAGUUUCCAAAGCAUUUCGAUUCUCCAAUUCUCAGGUUUUCGAAUCAGUUCAUUGAUCGAUCAAAUAGCUGCUUCAAUUCGAUUCUCACACAGAGAUUCUCUAGCUAUUUCUUCGUUUUUCUUCAUUAAUUGCUGAAAAAACCUGGAAUUUGGGGUGGAUAGGAUGGGCGGCGGAAGCGGUGAUGAUGUUGUUGCCGAAGGUAUUGAAUCAAGCAAGGCUGAAGGUGGCGACGCCGUUACCGUUAACGUACGGUGUUCGAACGGAACGAAGUUCUCCGUUCAGGUAUCCCUUGAGUCGUCUGUUGAGUCGUUCAAGUCUGUUCUUCAACAGAGCUGCGAAAUCCCCGCGGAACAGCAGCGAUUGAUUUAUAAAGGUCGCAUCCUCAAGGACGAUCAGACUCUUAAGAGCUACGGUUUGGAGGCGGAGCAUACAGUUCACUUAGUACGUGGAUUUGUCUCUGCUACAUCUACUCCAGCAGGUGCUCCUCCUACCACUACCAGAGCAAAUACUACUCCACCUGUUGCAGGUGAGGCUGGCUCAGUUGAAGGUCGUGGAAUUGGGCUUGGUGCUUCACCAUUUCCUGGACUUGGAUUGGGUGGUUUAGGUGGUAAUGGUGGCAUGUUUGGAGGCGGACUUCCAGAAUUGGAACAAAUGCAACAACAAUUGACUCAAAACCCCAACAUGAUGCGAGAAAUCAUGGAUCUACCUCUUGUUCAGAAUCUAUUAAACAAUCCAGAUGUUAUGCACAACAUGAUGAUGAACAAUCCCCAAAUGCGUGAAAUCAUUGAUCGGAAUCCAGAGCUUGGUCAUAUGCUCAAUGAUCCUGCAAUCCUCAGACAAACAAUGGAAGCUGCAAGAAACCCUGAACUCAUGCGUGAAAUGAUGCGUAACACAGAUAGAGCAAUGAGUAAUAUCGAAUCCUCACCUGAAGGAUUCAACAUGCUUAGGCGAAUGUAUGAAAAUGUCCAGGAGCCAUUUCUGAAUGCCACCACAAUGGGUGGUGGUGGUGGUGGUGGUGGUGAUACAACAAAUGAUUUGAACUCAAAUCCAUUUGCAGCUCUUUUGGGUGCCCAGGGUGGUCAAAACCGUGGCCAGGUGGCUAACCCUACCAGCAGCACCACCACUGGCGGUGAUACUACUGGCUCUCCUGCUCCAAAUACCAAUCCACUCCCGAAUCCUUGGGCGGCUGGUGGUGGAGGUAACCAAACAAAUCCUGGUGGGAUUGGUAGGUCACCACCGCCAGUAGGUGGUUUAGGUGGCCUUGGUGUUCCAGGUCUUGAGGGAUUGUUUGGUGGUGGUGGUGGUGGUGGUGGUAUUACCCCUGAUCCAAAUUCAAUGAGUCAACUCAUGCAAAAUCCAGCUGUUUCACAGAUGAUGCAAAGCCUACUUUCAAAUCCACAGUAUAUGAAUCAGAUACUUGGCAUGAAUCCACAGAUGCGAAGCAUGCUUGAAUCAAACCCACAAUUAAGAGAAAUGAUGCAAAAUCCUGACUUCAUCCGCCAAUUAACUUCUCCAGAGACAAUGCAGCAAAUGAUGACACUGCAGCAAUCUCUUUUCUCUGGUAGACAACCACCCGGUACUCGGGAAACAGGUCAAACCGGUGUAGCAACAGCAGGUGGGCCCGAUAACAUGGGAUUGGAUAUGCUUAUGAACAUGUUUGGUGGGCUUGGAACUGGUGGCUUCACAAUGCCAAACAAUUCAAAUGUGCCUCCGGAGGAAUUGUAUGCUACACAGCUGGCACAGCUACAAGAAAUGGGAUUCUUUGACACCCGUGAGAAUCUUCAAGCACUGACAGCAACAGCAGGUAAUGUUCAUGCUGCAGUUGAGAGGCUAUUGGGAAAUCUUGGUUGAUAAAUAUUUAUGAGCUGUUACAUAUUAUAUAAGAUUAAUAUAAUAUACAUACAUAUAUAAUAUACAAUAUUAUCAUGGGUAACAGUCAAACUCAGGUUGCGUUCAAUUAAAUUUGGUGCAUGAAUGUUCCUUUU